AUCAUAUUAUGCCCAGCUCUCACCAUCGUGGGCUUCAUCUCCUAUGCGUGAGCCUUCGCACCGACGACCAUAACGUGAGCUACGGGCUCCUUCGAGCGUUGGAAUUCAUCUGUAACCCCGCUUUCAACAAACAAGCUACCCCGCCAUCCUGGCUGUGUCCUUUGUCCGACUUCAGUUCAUAGCUACCAAGCCGAGCAAUCGCCCAUAUCCCUCGUUCUUUUUCGGCUCCUCGAGACUUGUGCUUCUUAUCCAAGGAUUCUGCGUCUCUAUUUCUUUCUACUGUGUCGACAAGGUGUCAGCAACACGUCCCGAGACUGCCGGACUCUGAGAUAGGAUUGGGUAGCCGGUUAUCGAGUCUUCCCACACAUUAAAGAAAGUCACGGGAAGGUAUCGUGACUGCUGGAGAGGAAUUUCGCUGCUAUGUUCUCUCACGUAAGUCCAAAUGUCUCUCUCAUUGAAAUUCACACGUGGCCUGCCUAUGGACAUGUUGAGAACACGGGAACGGUCUCUAGAUUGCCUCGAAUCACCCAGGCUUGUCUGGUGGAAGCACAUCACCGUUCCUCCUUGAUCGCUUCAUGUCUGCUAAUGUGCAAUAUGGAUUUAUAGAAGAAGCCAUACUCGGCUGUCACCGUCGCUGUUGAGAACCUCACUAGUGAAAGCUACGAGGAAGAUGAUCUCGCAGGCAUUCCAGACUUGGUAGAGGCAAUCAAACUACAAGCAACGGGUCCAGCAGAAGCUGCUCGCUCGAUUCGGAAGAAGUUAAAGUACGGCAAUGUUCACCGUCAACUUCGUGCCCUUACUCUCUUGGAUGGCUUGAUUCAAAAUGCUGGAGCAAACUUCCAGCGUACUUUCGCGGAUGAAAUGCUUCUGGAGCGCCUGCGUGUUUGUGGUACUUCGGAUCUUUCUGAUCCGCUUGUGAGAGACAAGUGCAAAGACCUUUUCAGGCAAUGGGCAGUUGAGUAUAAAAAUACUCGAGGUCUCGAGCAAAUUGCAGGUCUUUAUAAGCAAUUACCUCGCCGAAAACAGGUUGUCACUCAAGACAGAUCCAAAGUUCUGCGCGAAACUGAGCAGAACCCCUUUGAAGGCGACGAAGAUGAAAGCCCUGCUUCGGCAUCACAAUCUCGUCAGACUUCGCUUGCUCAAUCUAGCAAGAGCUUCUCACCUAGUUACCCCACCAUGGCUGUCACAUUACCUGAUUCGAAAAAGUCAAAGAAAGAUAAAGACAAGAAGAAGAAUAAGAAGGGGAAGCCAUUCGAUUUGAACGCUGAAAAGGACAUCAUGAAGAACUGCAUUGCCGAAUCUUCGGUGGCAUCAACGAAUCUGUUGAAUGCGUUGCAAUUGGUCAACCGGGAGCGUGAACAGAUUUCCGAGAACCAAAACGCCGUACAGCAUUUUGAAUCUUGCAAGUUGCUUCGUCGAAAGAUUCUUCGUUAUAUUCAACUUGUCGAGUCAGAACAGUGGCUCGGCGCUCUUCUUCAUGCCAACGACGAACUUGUUACUUCGCUCAUGACAUUCGAGCAGCUUGAUCGAUCUAUCGAUGCUGAUAGCGACUCUGAUGAUGAGUUGGCUAACCAACAACACAUGUACAGAGUCAUGACUGAGAAAGGCAAGGAAACAGAGACUGCCCAGUCAUUAGCUGGUCUCAGUAUCGGUGGCAACAGUCCAAGCUCGCGUGCUCCAGCUCUGGCUCCUAGACAGCCACCGAGACCUGUUCAACCGCCACCUCCAGCACAGGAAGACGAAGAGGAUGAAAUCGAUGAAGAAGACGAGGACGAUCCUUUCGCGGAUCGUAAUGCUGUGAACACCCCGCAAGUCGAGAAGCGUGAACCAGUGUGGAGAACGAUUUGAUUUUCUUGGAGAAGUCAAAUGCAUACAGGCUAGGCUGGGAGAUGAUCAUAUUAGGUGCCGAGGUCCGGAAUAUGGCAUUGACCUGACAGCGAUGUUGUCACGCAAUGGAUAUGAGUAAUGCACGCCAUGACAUACAUUUUAAUUUAUUUCGCUGAACAUUCUUUGUCACUAUUGAAUUCAAAUCAAGUGAUAGAUCAUUAUUGAUUUCCGUCGCAUACCUGG